UUCUACUGAAAAUCUCUCUCUGGUGAUCGAUCCUUUGUUCCGAUCUGGUUUCUAAUCUCACACACUUGUCUCUCAAUGGAUAACCACGCAAUGGAACCUGGAGCUGAUGAUGAUGAUGACGUAUUCGUGUUUCCGCCGGAGGUUUUGCAAGCGAUUAAUGAGGAAAACCAGCGUAGCCUCAUCGUCAAGCUGCUUAAUCCCAAAAUCCAGAAAUCGCGUGAGAUUAGCGUCGCACUCCCAAAGGCUUGGCGAUUUACCGGCUCGGUGAGAAGCAUGACACUGGUCUAUAACUCCGAGGUAAAGUUCAUAUUCGAAUCAGAAUCGGACCUUCUCUGGGUGCUUGAUCAAGGGCCAUGGACGUUCAAGGACUGGAUGCUGGUGAUCGAUAGGUUUACCGAGCGGGAAAACCCUGAUUUCUUGCGGUUCGUCAGUUUCUGGGUCGACAUGUUUGGAAUCCCUUGGGAUUACAGACACUCUGAGGUGAUCAAAGAGAUUGGUUCUCUUUUAGGUCAAGUUUUGGAGAUCGAUAACCAAGGGCCUGUCGUGAGAGCACGGAUUCGAAUCGAUGUUGUUAGUAAAGAUCUGGAUUUUGUGAGGCGUGUCAUUUUUGGGAGAUAUGCUGAGCCUGUUGAAGUUAGGUUUGUUUAUGAGAAGCUGAAGAUGUUUUGUCAAGCUUGUGGGAGUCUUACUCAUCACAAAGCUCUAUGUCCACGUCCUAGAACCAACCGAGUCUGAAAAUUGAAGCUUUUGGUUUUUGGGAAUCGAUUAUAAGAAUUAAGGAGCAGCAAGAAGGAGAACCUCAAGAACCUAUUUGGAGUUUUGCAGUGGUUCCUAACAAUCACAACACUCGGCCGUUAUGCAUCAUAUGUCAUUCUCGUUGCAAGUUCUCUAUCAUCCUAAAGGAGCAAAAAGAAGACAAUGGAUACAUCUGUUCCCGUUCAUGUUUAAUUACAAGAGAACAUAGCCAAUUCCUUCCAAUAUUCUGUAUUUUCUUGGUAGUGUUUAUCGACUAUUGCUUGAGUAUAUGAGUUUGAUCUUAAAUUUAAGGGUGAUGAGAGGCUUUUAAUUAUUGUAUCGCUUGAUUCGUGUUCCUAUUUAAUUUGACGUUUA